ACUUGAUUUUUUUUCGCAUUUUUUUUUCUAGAUUCUGCAAUCCCAAAUUAACAGAACUGAUUGAAACUAGCGAUCGGAUCCCCCGAGACAACUAUUUUUGUCGCAUAAACGAUUUUGUUAUUCAUUUCCAAGAUAUUUCGAUUCUCGGGGGAAUUCCGCGGUAGGUUUUCGCCGGCGCUGACGCGUAGACUCCAAUUCGCUGAGGAUUUAGGGUUUGUGAAUUGAGAAGAUGGUAAAUGCUAUGGUGGAUAGAGCUACCAGCGAUAUGCUGAUCGGACCGGAUUGGGCUAUGAAUAUUGAGAUCUGUGAUAUUUGCAAUCACGAUCCUGCACAAGCAAAAGAUGUUGUUCGAGGUAUUAAAAAGCGUCUUGGUAGCAGGAAUCCGAAAGUUCAGCUGCUUGCCUUAACACUAUUGGAGACUGUUGUGAAGAACUGUGGUGAUAUGGUCCAUAUGCAUGUUGCUGAGAAAGAUUUGCCUCAUGAGAUGGUGAAAAUGGUGAAAAAGAAGCCAGACUUCCAUGUCAAAGAGAAGAUAUUGAUUCUAAUAGAUACUUGGCAAGAAGCUUUUGGAGGACCAAGGGGAAGAUAUCCUCAGUAUUAUGUGGCAUACCAGGAUUUAUUGCGUCUUGGUGCAGUGUUCCCUCAGAGAUCUGAGAGGUCAGCUCCUGUUUUCACACCACCGCAAACACAACCCUUGACAUCUUAUCCACCAAAUAUUGGCAAUCCAGUACCUAGAUCUGAUGGAGCUGAGUCUUCUGCAGAAGCUGAGUUCCCAACAUUGAGCUUGAUGGAACUUCAAAAUGCACGAGGUAUCAUGGAUGUCCUAUCAGAAAUGUUGAGUGCUUUAGAUCCUGGAAACAAAGAGGGAAUUAAGCAGGAGGUCAUUGUUGAUCUGGUCGAACAAUGUCGUACCUACAAGCAAAGAGUAGUGCACCUUGUGAACUCAACUUCGGACGAAUCGCUAUUGUGCCAAGGGUUGGCACUGAACGAUGACUUGCAACGUGUACUGGCAAAGCACGAAGCACUUGCCUCUGGUGUUGUCCCUGUUCAGUCAGAGAAGUUAAAUCCUGAACCACCUAAAGCCUUGGUACCUGUUGAUUCUCCUCUUAUCUACACUGGUGAUACCAAACAAUUAGAUCGAGGCUCUACAUCGAGUACUAGCGUAGGGACGACACCGUUGUCUAUCCCUCCUCCCACGACUAAUGGCCAGUUGUCAACUCCAGUAAAGGCUGACCCAAAGAUAGAUCUUUUGAGUGGAGAUGACCUCAACGCACUGGCACUUGUUCCUGUGGGACAGCCCCAACCAACUAGCCCCGCUGCUUCUCAGCACAACGCUCUCGCACUCGUUGACAUGUUUUUAGAUGGUAAUAGCAAUCAACAGCCGACUCCUGUUGGACACGUCUAUCCUUCUCCUUCUCAGUUUCAGCAGCCACAAGACUCUCAUGCUCCGCAGCCUUCUGCAUACCCAAAUGGCACCUGGAACGGUCAAGUAACCCAACAGCAGCAACCAUCCUCACCAGUUUAUGGUCAAAUGACCCAACAGCAGCAGCCACCCUCACCAGUUUAUGGUGCUCAGGUAAACGACUCCUUCCCCCCUCCGCCAUGGGAAGCACAACUUGACAACAGUCUGCCUGCAGUAAACCGGCCUCAAGAAAUGCAAGCAACUCAAGGAGUAGUAUAUCAUGCCCAACCAUCGCCUAGUGGCUCUUAUGUUACAGGUCCGCAACCCAUGGCUCAUGAUCAGGCAGCGCUUGGUGUGUAUAAUGGAGGCCAGUUCACACCAAUGCAGAGCAACCAAAUGCAAGGGUUGCAUCCUUACCCGUUGCAGAACCCGCAGCAGCAAGCGGUUAUGUAUCCGCAGCAAAUGCAAGCUAAUCCCCAGAUGGGAUACAUGUAUCUUCCUCAACAGAUGUACAACAACCAAAUGCCUGCUGGUUAUGGAUACGGUUACAGCUAUGGCCAAGGCCAAGGCCAAGGCCAAAAUCAAAUGCAAAAUGCGUACUUUGCUCAGCAAACCAUAUCCGCGAUGUCAGUAAGGGAUGACAGCGGGCUGGGAAAUCCGGCGUCAAAUAUUCUUCCAUCUGGAAGGCCGGCUAGGGCGGAGGACAAGCUAUUCGGGGACCUUGUCGACAUCUCUAAGUUCAAACCGGGGAAGACAACACCAGGUAGAGCUGGGAGCAUGUGAAGAGAGAUAGAGAUGGCCUGCUGCUGCAUAUAUAUAUUCUUCACCUUCGUGCGUCAUCAUGGCUGCAUUUCUUUUCUUUUUGGUACUGUAUUUAUUUGUUAUGGAUAUCUUGUUAGUAGAAUCAGGUACAUUUUCAUUGUAGAAACGGAAACUCGUAUAAAAGAAAAUAACAUUUUUCACUUUUUUA